AUCGCAUGAGGCCUUCAAUUAUUUUCUUUGAUGAGAUUGAUGGUCUUGCUCCUGUCCGGUCCAGUAAGCAAGACCAGAUUCAUAGCUCCAUCGUAUCAACGCUUCUGGCACUCAUGGAUGGGUUAGACAGCAGAGGGGAGGUGGUUGUCAUUGGUGCAACCAACCGACUCGAUGCCAUUGAUCCAGCGUUACGAAGACCUGGACGCUUUGACCGAGAAUUCUUCUUUGGCCUCCCAAAUAAAGAGGUCAGAAAGUAAAUACAACCUUAA